AUGGACAUCGUAGCCGCCAGUCGCACAGUCGCUCAAAUUCACGCCAGUACCGCAAUCGCUCUCCAGCCUCUCGUCGACAUCGUCGACGACACACCUCCCAUGGACGGUCUCAUAAAGCGGCAGGCGUCUAGGGAGCCGUCGACAGGCAGUGUCAGCAACAAGGACUCUGCUUCCUCACGUCCGAAGAAGAGCAAGAAGAGCAAGAAGAGCAGGAAGACGCGCAACCGCAUCAAUGACGAUGACUUGGAUCACACCGCGUUCAACGCCGCUUUGGAACAAUUUACGCACAUAGGCAAGAUAUUCGGACGCUACUGCAACGCCAAUGAUCCCAUCCUCGAUAUCUUUGAGGUUGGAAUCAACCGGGAUCCUCACGCGCCACGCUCCCAGUUCACGACCGACAACAAUAUGCUGUACGAUGCGUACUCGCUCCUGUCAUCCCUAUACCCCAAGACUGUUGAUUACUUCCUGGAGAUUGCCCACCGCAGUGAUUGUCAGGCAAUCUUGCGUGCUUACGCAGAUGCUGCAGGUGCUUCCCGCACUCAAGCCCGCUCCGACGACGUCAAGGGUGUCAAGUCGGCGAUAGUCUUCUGGACACAGAACGACUUUUCGAAGCCCCAUCCCGGUCCGCUCAACAAAGCCGUGGCUGGCUAUCAUCAUCCGGACUGUGCGCGAUUGAUCGCCCCUACAAUCGUUGAUCCUGUUGAUGAGGUUGCUCGGAACAAGCUCCUCAAGCUUGAGAUACCCCGCAAGCCCAGUGAUCUCUGCCGCUUGCUGUACGAAGGCGAGGAUUUCAAGAACAAUGACGCAUUCCUCAAGCAUCCAUAUCUCGUCAAGUGCUAUAAGCACGUCUUCUGCGGACCCAGUGCUGCAGUCGCUAAUGACGGUGACAGCGCGAAGCAGCGGGCCAGCAACGGCGAUAUACAUGGUGUCAGAGAAGUUUCUAUCCCGGCAAUUGCAUAUUGUGCCUGCUUGGUUCAUUUCGCUCUGUCUUCGCAAGCCAACUUCGCUUUUGGGGGGAAUCGCGGGUGGCAUAAGAAGCGACGUGAAGCCCUCCUGAUAUGGUGGGACGAGCGUGUGUACGUCGACCGCCACAGCAACGUUGCCGACGCUAUCCCGAGUGACUCAACCGCCGCAACGAUGCAAGAUGCGUUCCGUGCCGAAGCGGAAGAAGAGGCACGUGCAGAGGCAGAGGAAGAGGCGCGCACAGCGGCUGAAGAGCGAGCUCAUGCUGAGCUGGAGGUGCAGCCGCAGGGCGAGAACGCCAUGCACGAGGAUUAGAUGCUGGCGUGUCGUGGGGUGGGCUCGGCAAUUUUUCUUUCACCAAGUUUUCUGUGUCGUACUUUUGUUCAUUUCAUCAUACCUUAUCCACUCUUUCUAUCUCGUAGUAUAUCAUACCAUGCCAGUCGCGUCAAUGCGCUCUAAUAGCAUGUCCCCGUUCAUAUGCA